CAUCAAAUAGUUCCAAAUUUAUUUCAACUUACAAAUAUCUUUCUCAAGCUUAUUACAGAUUCUUGAUAUAUUUAGUUUUUUGCCACCGGAAAACAAAAUGGGGUCAUCGGAGAUUGUAGAUUCCGGCAAGGUCACCGGCCAGAAGUCUCAGUUUUCUCAAACUUGUAAUCUUUCGAGCCAAUUCUUGAAGAAAAAAGGUUCUUUUGGAGAUCUCAAUAAUCUUGGUAUCUACCGCAGUUUUGAACCAACUGGAAACCAAACAACUACAACUACUAUGAAUUUAUUGCCAAUGAUUGAAAAAUCAGGUGAUUCAGCUGAGAAAAAUUCUCAAAAACCAAUGAAUCUUUUUCCUCAAGAAGUUAUUUCUACUGCAAAAUCUGAACCAGAAAAGGCACAAAUGACUAUAUUUUAUGGUGGUCAAGUUAUUGUAUUUGAUGAUUUUCCAGCAGAUAAAGCAAAUGAAAUCAUGAAAUUGGCUACCAAGAAAACCAACAACAAACAGAAUUUGGCUAGUAACAUAUUUUCUUAUCCUAUGGUAAAUAAUCAAAAAUCAGCUGAAUCUGUUACUACCAAUUUGACUCAAGAAUUUCGUACGCGAACUCACGUGCCAAUAUCACAAUCCUCUGUUGCUGAUUUACCAAUUGCGAGACGAAAUUCACUUACAAGAUUUUUGGAGAAAAGAAAAGAUAGAAUUACUUCAACUGCACCAUAUCAGAUUUACAACAAAAAAAUAGCAGAUUCUAAGACUGAGGAAAAUAAGGCAUGGCUUGGAUUAGGUGCAAAAUUUGUUCCAGUGAAAACUGAGCAGUUCUUUUAGUUAUUUUGGUAAUACUACUGGUAGACGGGGAGCCUUGGCGUAGCUGGUAAAGUUAUUGCUAUGUGAUCACGAAGUCACGGGUGGUCUGGCCCUUUCUCGGACUCCGCACAUAGCAGAAGCUUAGUGUACUGGGUUGCCCUUUUUUUCUUUCUAGUAAUUGACAAAGUAUUUUUCAAGUUUUUUUGUUCUUGGUUUCAAGCUUGAUUGAAGCCAAUAUUAUCUAACUAGAUCUGAUUUACUGUUAUUGAGAAUUUUUUUGUAAUUAAGACUAAAGGAUGUUUGUUCAGUAUCUUAUAUGUACUAUUUGAUUCAUCAACUUUCAUUGAUUUUUGUUA